GAGAGAGAGAGAGAGAGAGAGAGAGAGAGAGAGAGAGAGAGAAAUGGAGCAGGCGCAAGAUGGCGAGGUACUAGACAAAGAGACGGAGAAGGCUUCGGACAUGGAAGCGGCGAUAAGAAACGCUAUGCGUGCACGCGUAGGUCAUUUCAAGGCUCAAGCCGAUUCAUUGACUUUAGAGGGUGUUCGAAGAUUACUAGAAAAAGACCUGAAGUUGGACAAAUUUGCGUUGGAUGUCCAUAAAAGAUUCAUCAAACAAUGUUUGGAAGAGUGCUUUGAUGGUCCGGAUGAUGAGAAUUCAAAGACUUCUGGGGAGAAUGUGGAAGAAGUUGUUCAUUCUGAUGAAAAAAGUACAACAAAGUCGCUUGAAGGUUUUCAACCUAAGAAAGAGGCUGAACUUAAUUCUAUAGAUGAGAAGAAGGAAGAAUCUCCAGUUUUAGGCCUCUUGAAAGUAGAAAAGCAACAUGAGGAUACUCAAAGUGCUGAAUUGGAAAAAGUUCCAAGUGAAGGCGUAAUAAAAAAGGCUAUUGAAAAAAGAGCUGCUUAUUUUAGAGCAAAUUCUGAGAAAGUUACUUUGUUUGUAGCUCGUAGACUGUUGGAAGAAGAUCUUGGAUUUGAUAAAUAUGCUCUUGAUUCCUAUAAAAAAUUGAUAAGUGUUCAAUUAGAUGAGGUACUGCAUGGUUCUGAAGUUGCUCAAUCCUCAAAUGGGAUUAAGAAAAAAUCCCAAAACAAAGAAUUUCUAAAUAAGGUGUCUAAAAAGGUUAGCAGAGCUAGAAGUUCUGAUUCUUCUGAUGAGGAUCUUGAAGACGACGACAUAAGGCCAAAAAAGAAAAUAACUCCAAAAGGAAAGUCAGGGAAUUCGGAAGAGGUAAAGGGCCGCAAAAGGCCUCCACCAGAAACUAAAUCGUCUAGCAACAAAAGGAAAAAGCCUGUGGAGCCUACAUCAGAGGAAAGUAGUGAUGAAAAAGAUGGAAACCUCUCCGAAAAUGAUCAAUCUCAGUCCUCUGCUGAUGAGCCGGUCAAGAAAAAGAAGGAAGUUUCAACUCAUGCAUAUGGGAAACAAGUAGAGCAUUUAAAAUCAAUAAUCAAAGCAUGUGGGAUGAGUGUUACCCCAGCAGUGUAUAAGAAAGUCAAACAGGCUCCUGAGAAUAAACGUGAGUCCUACCUUAUAAAGGAAUUGGAGGAUAUUCUUGGGAGAGAAGGGUUGUCCACAAAUCCGUCUGAAAAAGAAAUCAAGGCAGUUAAGAAAAAAAAGGAAAGAGAAAAAGAACUUGAAGGCAUUGACAUGAGCAACAUUGUCUCUAGCUCUCGCCGCAGGUCAACUGCCUUUUAUAUAGCUCCAAAGCCUAAAAUAUCAGUUGAAAGUGAUGGCAAGGAUGACAAGAAAAAUGAUAAUGAGGGCAUUGAUGAUGAUGAAGAAGAUGAUGAUGAUGAAGAUGACAGCAGUAGUGAAGGAACAAGUGAAGGACUUGAUGAAGAUGUUGAGGACGAGAGUGACUGACCCUGCAUCAACCAAGUUCAAGCUUCUAAAUCAACAGUUGGACAAACAGAGAUUCUAGGUUCUGUUUCACUAAUGAAUAUUCUCUUUUCUUCUCCCCUACAUUAUCUUUUUUUGGGGUCAGGUAGUUCUUUUUGGCUGCAGCUGCUAAAUUUGCAAGUUCCUACUAGUAGAAUGUAAGAUGCAUAUUUUAAAUUCCUUUUGAAUGUGUACAUUGGUGGUGUGAAAUCUUCUGAUGAUGAAUGAAAAUUGGGAAUCGCUUGGUU